UCGUUCAGUUGCUUUCUUGUCGCGCGCGACGAUAAGCGUAUGUGCUGGCUUGUUAGUUAGUUAGUCGUGUGCUAUCAUUCUCACUCUCUCUGCCUCUCAUCCUCUCUACCUCGCUCGCUCGCGCCGCAGCUGAAAUGAAGUAGUGAUAAAUAUCAAAGACGCGCGUCUCCCACACGAAUUACACAAGAAUACUUCCCCUUUGGGAAAAUACAAAAAAAUAAGCGUGCGCGCAGAGCAGAGCGGAGCAGACGCGACGGCUGCUUAAAAGCGCUUGCAUCACAACAGCAGGGCAUCAUUUUAGGCAAGGUCAAGCGCGGUGCAACAACAUAUUGAAGAAGAAGAUACAAUUAAAUUAAAUAUAUAUAUAAAAUCAGUAGCAUCGACAGGUGAUAUAGUGAAAAGCAGAGUGAGCAAGUGUCAAGUGCGUUGCUGGCUUUUGGCAGCCACUGUGCAAAGGAAACAAACAAAGCGGAAUAAACGACACUGCGCAAAGAGGCGACUGACAACAACUAAUACAAGCAACAGCAGCUUCGACACCAACUACAAUAAUAUAAAAGAAGAAGCAGAAGAAAAAAAAAAAUAAAUAAAAACGUCAAAACAAAAACAACAACAACAGCGGGCAAAUAAAACCCGGCAAUAAUUUUAGUCGUGCCAGUUUGUUUAUUAAAUAUACUAUAUAAAGCGCAUAAAGAAAACAAAAAUAUUAAAGCAAAGCACCGACUCGCAGUUACCCUGUAAAAAAAGUUUCAAUUUAUUGUAUAUAUAGAAUUAAAAAAAUACUAAAAGUUACUUCAAAAUAAAAACAAAAUAAAAACAAAACUAAAAAUAAAUUAUAAUAAAAAUGCCUCCAAUGUGGUGGAAAAUAAUCGCAAUUAUGAUGCUGCUCUUCGCUCUUUUCGCAACGAUAGUUUGUAUCAAUAGUGAAAUAUCGAAGCGGCGCAGCGAGGCAGCUGCUGCAGUAGCUGUAGAAGCGAACAGCAGCUCCAUGGAUAUGACGUCCUUUGUCUCACAUCAUCUACUGAACAUGGCCUCCAAGGAUCAGCCGGAGGAGCCGCAGCGGGAGAACAAAGAGGUGGAGCUGCCCGCCGAGGAUAUUGACGAGCGCGUUCGUUCCAUAUUCAAAGUGCACGAUGGCCAUGGUGUGAUGCUUUUCAAUACGACGGCAAUGAACGAUGAUGCAUCUCUCAUGCCCAUAUCCACAGCCGAGUCCUGGCCAUCCACCACAACCAGCACUCACACCCCAACUCAGAUUCAAACUCAAAAUCAAAGUGAAAUUCAGUCUCAGUCCACGUCUCAGGCCAAGCCCAAGCACUAUCAUCAAUAUCAAAGCCUGAAUCAUCAGCAACAGUCCUUCAAAGUGCAGCGAUCACCGGAUGGCAAGCUGAAUCUCGUCUUUAAUGAACCGAUCGUCUCUUUACAGAACACCGUACAGCAGCAGCAAACGCAGCAGGAGCAACCAGCGCAGCAGCCACAGCAGCCGCGUCGUCCCAUCUCGGAUGUUAUCGUGUUUCCCGACUCCAUAGAUAAAUAUCGACCCACGCGGCCGACGCCCGUGGAAACGGGCGAUCUGUGCAUGGACGGCUUCAAUCAGAGUCGCUCCUUCUGCACCAAGGUCAACAAUUAUCCGGAUCUAUCCGGCCUGAAGGGCGUUCUCUCGCGUCGCUUUGCCAAUUUCUUCAGCGACGAGCCGCAGCCCACGGAUUUCGGUCUGCGGAUGAACGACGAUGAGAUGUACUUGUGCAACAGCCACCAGAGGUACCUCUACCCAAAGUACGGCCAGAAAUUGGAUCUGACGUGGCAGUACAUAGUCAAUACGGAUGAGUUCAAGCAGGGCAUACUUAUCGAGGAGUGCGAUCACGAGGGCGAGGGCUGCCAGUUUCUGGAUAGUUUUCCUAACAACUAUGUGCCCGUGUGCAAGCAGCACUAUGUGAUACGGCACUUGGCCACGAUCAACAAUGCUAGCAACGGGCAGCCGGAGGUGGCCAACGAGCCCUUCAAGAUACCCUCCUGCUGCAAGUGUGUGAUCAAGAGCAAAUACUCCGUGGAGAGCAAACCCUAAACAAGACUAAUUCCAACACGAAGAGCCGGAUAUUACAUAUACAUAUAUAUGAUAUAAUAACAAGCAAACCAUGCCAACUUCUGCACAUGUGAUUUUGAUGUAAGCAUUAUUAUUGUUUCAUAGCACACGAAAUUUAGCAACGUGAUUAGUGACAUAGAUCCACUCAUUUGAUAAGCUUGCGCAGCGUCCAGCCCAUCGCGUAGAAUCCGAGCAGCUUAAUGGCCAUGCGCUUCCCCUCCACAUUCUGAAGCUGCUUGAAUCGCCCGCUCAGAUUUCCCAACAUACCAUCCAUCGUAUAGACUGUGUGGUACCUUUCCCAAUUACUUUUAUAAUAUAUGAUGUAUUUAUACGCUUAGUAGAAAACAGAAAAACAGACACCGACCAUACAGAUCGGAAACGAAAAUUCAAAUUGUAUACAGUUUUCGACGAUUUUUUCCCGAGUUUUCCAAAAUUUGUAAUUGUUUACUUUUAUUCAUUACGAAUAUUUACGCUGACUAAAACUAGCUUUGUAUGCUUUAAACAGUACGUGUACGUGCGAUUCAAAGCCAACUACGUAGAGUAUUAGAAUUAGCCUCAAAUGAAAAGUAUUUAGUGUAUGCCUCUUUGAAAACAAUUAGGUUUUUGUUUAGCGAAAGUUGAUGUGCAGGGGAAUUCAACUAAAUACUAAAUACAUUUUCUACAAUACAUCUUUUAUUUUGUAUAGUGUUAUAAUAUAUUUAGAGUUUUUAUAUCUGGAUUGUUCAAUAUUGCACUUGGAUUAUUUGUUAAACUGUUUUACAGAUUAGAAACCUAAAAUAUUCAUAUAUAAUUAAAAUAAAUAUUGAUUUAUAUUUAAACAUAUUUGUAUAUGAUAUUAAAUAUAUAAAUGAUAUUAUAUAUGAUAGUACUUAGCUGCAUUUGGUGUAUAAGGAGCUUCCAGGUUCAUAAGGUCUACUCCAUCUAUUGAAUUUGUAAAUAUUGACAUAUGAAGAGAUAAAUCAAGAGAUCUUGAUAUGUCUAAUGAUAGCUAAAGUAUUAUAAAAUAUUACAAGUCGAAUGCAAGUUUUUUGUUACUCAUUAAAUUUAUAUUUUAAUUAAGUUAUUAAGGUUAUAAAACCUCUCUAGAAACACCCUCAGCCUGACAUACAAAUACAUGUACGCUUCUGUCAUAAUUAUAUAUAUUAUUAAAGUUUA